ACUUAUUUACAUGGAUAGUUCAUAUUCAUCUAAGCUCUAAAGUAUUCACAACAAUAAUUGUGAACAUGAAUCCUCAACUCACCUCUUUUGAUGGGAAUCAAGACGAAAGCAUAUCUACUAUACAUCAUGUGAUCAAAUCCCUUGUCGUGUUUUUCUUUGAUGGAAAAAUGAAGCACAGAAAGCUCUUCUCUUCCUCGGCAGGAACAAACUCCACUACAGAUUGCUUUGUGUUGUGUGACUACUACUAUUUAUCCCCACCGCCGCCGCCACCACCUCCUAGCUCGAAAAGUUCAACUCACAUUUCUCUUUAUGUCAUUGUCAUAGUUUCUUUCGUCGCCGGAUUCUUCCUUUUAGUUAGUUAUUUUGUCAUCAUAGCCAAGUGCUGCCGGUCAAGGAACAACCGACAACAGGAAGCUGAACAUGGUACUGAUGAAGAGGUUAUUGAUGAGAACCGGAUUGAUCAUCCGUAUUGGUUCAUCACCACCGUUGGCCUGCAACAGUCGGUGAUAAAUUCGAUUUCAGUCUGUAAGUAUAAGAAGGGUGAAGGGUUGAUCGAAGGAACGGAAUGCUCUGUCUGCUUGAACGAGUUUCAGGAAGAUGAAAUGCUGAGGUUAUUGCCUAAAUGCAACCAUGCUUUUCAUAUUUCCUGUAUUGAUACCUGGUUGAGGUCUCACACCAACUGCCCCGUGUGUCGAACCGGCAUAGUCUUUAACAGCAUCCGUAAUACUCCGAUACCCUCAAGCGAACUGAAUUCCGGUAACAUGGAUGGAAUCUCUGGUGCCCGGAUUGGAAAUUCAGAGAUUGAAAAUGAAUUGGAUCCAGGCAGGGAGAAUCAAGAGGGAAUUUCUGAUGUUUCUGAAAACAGGGGAGGAACAGAGGAUAGAGGUCACGUUUCAAAGGACAAACAAGUCAUAAUUAGGAGGUCGGUUUCCAUGGAUUCUUGUGCAUCUGCAAGCCUGUGUCUAGCAUUGGAAAAUUCACACCCAGUUGAGUCAGAAGGAGUGAGUUCUGAGGAUGAUCGGAGGUCGAAUUCAGGCAAGAAGACGUCGGGAAAUUCUUCUUCAUUUUCCCAGUUUCUUCACUUGAGUCCUGUUAGGAUGAAGAGAUCAUUGUCAUGCAAUGGGAGGUUUCUCUCAUCCAAACAUGGCCUUAGCCCCAGUGCAAGUGAAAAUGAAAAAGAAAGAUUAAUAUCUCAUCCAGAAGGCUGAUUUCGGUCGAAUCCGGGAGUGGAGUUUGGGGCAAAUCUUCAACUUUCAAUGGGGUCCAGUCCAAAAGUCAAACGACAUCCGGUUCGUCCGUUCGAUUGGGAAUAAGGGUCAAUGAGCAAA